UUUCAUUUCUGUUCAUAAUGAAAUGUUCUGCUGGUUGAUCUGUUAGACCUAUUUCCAUUUCUGCUUAUUACAGAAAUUCUAUUAAUCAUUUAUUUCUUAUGGUGAACUUAUUGGACUUGUUUCCAUUUUUAUUUAUCAAAAAAGUUCUUUGGCAGACCUGUUGGAUUUUUUUAUAUUUAUAUUUAUCGUGUAAUGUUCUGCUGGUGGACCUACUGGAUUUAGUGGUUUUAAGGUUCAUAAUGCCUUUUAUAAGAUUUUUUUUGGAGAAUCAAUUUUUUACAUUUUGAAAGCUUCUUGAAUAGCAGUGCUCAUAGGAACACUCAUAACACAUUAGAGUGUGCAGAUAGAUCAUAUUUAGACAAAAACUGCUAGAGACAUGGAACCUUCUUCUCUUUCCAUCAUUAAGACGGCCUGUUUAAGCCGGUUACAGACGAGAGGCUGAACUUCAUUAUCCAUUAAUGAGAGAUCGGGGUAGUGAGCCAAGAGUGGGUGUCAAAGCUGUCAGCCUCUCAGAUAUCACCUUGGCUUUGGACUAGAGCAGUGAGCGAGGGAUCAACAAGGAGAUGAAAGAUCCCAUCAUUACGACGCCACCUGGGUGACUUUGACUCUUCUAAAGAGAAUAGCAGAGUGACAGAUGAGCGAAAGCAGUGAUGGAAGCCAAUCAGAAAGGGUCUACUAGACGUGUCCGGAGACACAGCCAUGGAGUUCUACAGGAGCUGUACAACAAAGGCUUCCGGACAGUUGGAAAAGAUGCCCAGGGUCGCCCCCUGGUUAAGAGGGGUGAGGGGACUAGAACACCUAUGUACAUCCACCCUCUGGCCCUGGACAGCAUCAUCACCCGCAGAGGAAGCCUGGUCCUACUGAACGGACCCAACACUAUAGAGGUCUACAAGCCCAGAGAGCCGAGCCAGGCGGGGAACGCAGCGCGGAUGAGUGAUGUUUACCUGCCGGCAAUCACAGGGAAGAUGUCAAACCUGCAGGCGGCCCGAGCCAACCUGAGUCAUUCCUGCCCCUAUCUGUACAGCAGCAGACGCCGCGGGUCCGCCUCCUCCGUCACCUCACAAAGAGGCUCAGACUUCAACGGCAAACAGAGUUACCUAAAAGAACUAAAGGACUCGAGGAGGUCCAACGUGACUGUGACGAUGACGUACCUGGGCCAGGGGAUGCCUGGAACCACCCAGGACGAGAUGAAGGUGCUCCAGCAGAUCUGUGGUGGAGAGAACAUCUGCGUCUUUAAAGGAUCCGUCCAGCCUGGAGAGCCGUUCCAAUUCACCUCCCAGAGACACCUUGGCUACCCUUUCAGUGCCACCUUCUAUGUCAAUGGCUUAAUAGCAGGCCGAAUCAGCUCGUGCUGUGAAUACCGCUACACCCCCGGCUUCCAGCAGGGCCGCAGGAGCUGUUUCAGACUGACGCGGCUGAGUGGGGGGAAGCCCUGCUACAAAUGUGUGAAUUCAAGGCAUGGGAUUGGUCAUGAAGCUAAAGCUAUUCAAGAUAAUCUUCCUGCCAUCAAACCUCAGGAAGGUGUGAUGGGUGACUCUCGCCCUUCAUCUCCUUUAUUCAUCCCUCUCGGAAUGGAGAAAUCUGUUCGGAGGACAAGAAAGCUCCCCAAAGAGAUCAGCGGGGCCUCGACAGAUAGCGAAGACCUAAACGGCAGCGCGAAAGAGAGGAAACGACACAAGAGGAAUAAAGGACGCCACAGUCAGCAGGGAGACAGCAAGGGCUCGGGAGAAUCCCAGCCUAAAAGAGACACCAGAGAAGAUGAAAACAAGCCUGCGGCUGUAAAUCAGCCCAAGCCUCCCGUGAAAAAUUCUAAUCACACCAAAGAGCAGAGCAAAGAAAAUCCAGCGCCUGACAGUAAAGUCAAAGCUCCAGAUUCAUUGCAGGACGGAGAAGCCCUGAGUAAGCAGAGUGGAAGGCGAAGGCCGAUUGCUGUGGAAGCGAAUGGUAAAAGCAGGAACAGGGAAAGACUGCGAGACUUCUAUGAAGAAUGUGUUGAAAUGAGCACUGGUCUGGAAUCCGGCCUAGACCAACAGAAGUGGUUCAAAGCAAGCAAGCACGAGCGGAAUAAGAUUAAAGAGCAGAUCAGCUCAGGUCCCCUUCCCAACGCUUCAGCUUCAGAGAUUGAACUCAGUGAAGAAAGUGACAGCAGUGUCUUUCAGUCAAACUCAGCCAAACUCAGGAAGAAUAAAAAGCAGCAAGAUCCAUCUCAACAAGAGGCUCCAGAAGAUGAUGAAGCAGAGAAAGAGCAAGAACUGCAAAAGAAGCUGGACGCUAUGACAGAGGUGUUGAGCUCAUCGGACGAGGUGGAGCAGCUGGUUCUAAGGAACACAGGACUGACAGAUGACCUGCUAAAGGGUUUAGCUGCAGCACUGAAGUCUAGCUUAUCUCAGGUCACCAUGAUCAACCUCAAUCUCAACCACAUCGGACCUCCUGGAGUUCAUGUUCUGCUUGACCUCCUGCAAGCCAAACCAGAGGUCAAGGGAUUACUAUUGUUUGGAAACCAACUGGGUGACACAGGAGUUCAGACCCUGCUUAGUGGACUCUCUGAUCUUCAGGAGAAAACAGCUUUACCCAGAACACAAACACACCCAGAACGCUUCUACCUUUCUGCCACCAGCUUCACCCUCUUGGAGCUGGACCUGGGUGGGAAUGGGAUGGGAAGUGAAGGACUGAGAGUGCUGGGUACUUACAUGAGGUAUCACUCGCAGCUGCAGUAUCUGGGCCUGGCCCAAACACCAUGCUCUGACAUGGAGGCCUGGAAUGUCUUGUUUGAAAGCCUGAAGGUGAACACUAAAAUAACCCACAUCAUGCUGGAUGAGAACCAGCUGGGAGACCAAGGAGUCAAGCUGUUUGCUGAAGCUCUGAGAGGCAACAGAGGCCUACAGAAAGUGGACUUGGACAGUAACGGCUUUGGUGACGUUGGAGGAAGCGCUCUUCUUGAGGCACUUCUCUCCAAGAAGGAGGGUUCUCUGGAGCACUUGAGCUUGGAAGAGAACUACAUCAGUACGGCAUUGAUGAGCAAAAUACAGCAGGUGGUUAAACCUAACAGUCUCGCUUCUUCGUAAAAAAUAUAAGGCCUGAAACUGUAGACAUUUGCAUUGCACCAUCUAAUACAGGACCUGUGAAGAAAACUGACCCCAAGACUUUGACCAAACAGGAAGUAGGGGAACUCUGUGAGCUGUGCAUUUGGAAGACAUCCAGUAAUUGGAAAUGAAUUGCUUUAUUCAGAGCUCCAUCUGCUUGGGAGUCCAACGUAAACUUGGCCAGCAGAGGAGAAGUGUUCAGAGAAAUAUUUGCCUCAUCUCUUCACUUGGCCUUUCAACUCCACGCCAGUUGGUUUGCCCUCUCAGCUGCACGCCUUGAUUAGCAUAUCUUUGAACUCAAUGACUUGCCUGUACAUUCUGUAAUAAUUGUUAAAUAAAGGCAAAGCCACUGAACAUAA